CGCUCUUGGAGGAGAGGGAUGGCUGAGGGUGGAAGGUUGGGAAUGAAAUCCCUUCUACAUCCGUGAGGGAUAUGUCAACCAGCCGCCGAGGUGAGAAUCUUCCUAAAGAGGAUCUCUCCCUGGGUGCAAGAAGUGUAUAUAUUUAUAGAAACCAACCUGGUUAUCUAAUCUUUCAGUCUUUGGCACUGGAGUACUAACUGUGAAAGGCUACUUGGCUAGCAAGUAUUUGAAUAUAGUUUUGGUCUGAAUGCAUGCAAAUGAUAGAACACUCAACUACUCCUAGCAAGAAAACAAAGCAAGCAUUUGAGCCUUAGGCUCAAAUAGGUUGAGCUUUAUUACCUUAGGCUCAAAUAAGUUGAGCUUUAUUACCUUAGGCUCAAAUAAGUUGAGCUUUAUUACCUCAAGCCUCGAAUAAGUUGAGCUUUAUUACCUUACACUUGAAUAAGUCUCCUCUGGAGUUCAGAAAAUCAUGGGAGUAAAAGCUGAAAUUUUGUGGUGUCCAACUGCAAGUGACAUCUUCUUGACGUGGGGUUCUGACAUUCAGAUCUACCAGACAAGAAAUGUUGCAGCAAGUGCAGAAACAUCCUCAUCUCUAUUGGGCGGGUUCCAGAUCAGCGAUUCCACUGUGGCCUCCCUGAUAUGCACCUCCACAGAUUAUUCUUACAUCAAAUGUGUUGCUUGGAGCAAUACUGUUGCACCUGAUGGUGCCAAGUUACUAGCUGUAGGCCAGGCUAAUGGCAAGGUGCACGUCACCAGCCUGGCCACCCUCUUGGGCGACGGUGCACAGCAACACAACAGAGAGUAUGUACCGCGUCAUGGUCGGUGCGUGAACUCGCUGUGCUGGUCUGAAGGUUCAGACCCCAACCUCCUGCUUGCUGCACUCGACCGGUCUGGGCGAGACCCCUCCCUGCUGCUCUAUGAUGUAUCCAGGCUACCUUCUACCACCCAACCCUCCCCAUCCUCCUCCAGCUCACGACAUCAGCAGCAGAUACAGCAGAGUGGUGGGUGGCAGCGGCCGUCAGGAGAGUUCUGCAACAACGAGGUGGUGCACAGCGCUGUGUUCUCCAGGCAGACGAGGAACAUCAUCAUAGCGGCCGCCUCCCACAAGUACCUUAAGAUCCUCGACAUCAGGAACGGCAGCAACACACUCAGCAUCAACACAAAGGCAGUGUACGGGCUGUGUUGUGAUCCUCACUCUCACUACCGCAUAGCUUCUUACUGCGAUAACUUGGCUCACAUAUGGGACCUGCGACACACCUCGAUGCCCUCAGUGACGCUCUCCAUGCCCCGCCCCAUCAUCAAAAUACAGUGGUGCCCCACCAGGUACGGUUUCCUCGGGUGUCUGUCCCGCGAGUGCUCGUCCGUGCGUCUGUUCGACGUCCAGUUUGCCGGGUGUGAUAUGCAGGAGGCGUCUGUGGCGAUGCGUGUGGCUGCUGAUACCUCCCCUGCAUACACCUCGACCUUCUCGUGGCAUCACCAGCGCCACAAUGUCCUUCUUACAGCCGCGUCUACGGAGAUCGCUCCACCUUCUAACAUGAGUCGACCGGCAUCAAAGGGGCCGAGGUUAUGGAGUGGAGUGGAGGAGUGUAGCCGUUCACCCCUAUACCACCACCGACUCCCUCACCUCUAUACCACCACCGACUCCCUCACCCCUAUACCACCUCCGACUCCCUCACCCCUAUACCACCACCGACUCCCUCACCCCUAUACCACCACCGACUCCCUCACCCCUAUACCUUGCAAGGAGAAUAUGGCGCGUAACGGCGCAGUGGCGCAGGCGGUAGGCUGGCUGUCACGGGACGGCGCCGCGUCGCUGGCCAGCGUGUGGGGCUGGAUGGCGCGCGCCCACGUCCUGGCCAAGGCUGCGUCAUACAGGCUGAGGACAGGCCUGCCUUACAACUACCAUGGCCUCUUGGAGCGGUGCUCAUCCCGACCUGUCUCUUAUACACAUCUAGAUGUGUAUAAGAGACAGGCCCUACAGAGGGGCGGCGUGAGUGAUGUGCUGAGUGAUGUGCCCUACAGAGGGGCGGCGCUGGCGGUGUUCCAGCUGCAUCUGCCGCGGGCCAUCAGCCUCCUGCAGGCGGCCGCCGCCCACCGCCACGACCCCGCCAUCAACGCCGUCGCCAUGGCUCUGGCAGGGUACAGCGGUGAGCGCAAGUUGCUGUGGCGCGACACGUGCGCGUCGCUGCGACAGUCGCUGAGCGACCCCCACCUACGCGCCAUGUUCGCCUUCCUCACCGAGGAUACUGAGUCAUACUCACCCCUGCUGCUGAGCAGCGACCUGAGCGUGUGUGAUCGCAUCGGCUUCGCCCUGACCUUCCUGAGCGACGUCAGCCUCGCCGAGUUCCUGACGCUGCUCCUGACGCAGCUGACACAGGCGCCCUGUCCUGACCUGCAGGGCCUCAUACUUACUGGCAUGAGUGACGAGGGCGUGUCGCUGGUGCAGCGCUACGUGGACCGCACGUCAGACGUGCAGACGGCGGCGCUGCUGGCGGUGCACGGCUUCAGACACGCGGUCGCCCCCUCGCCCUCUGACGCGCCCACGUCCCCCGACUCCCCUCUCAACUUCUGGAUAGAGAGCUACCUGCAGCUGUUGACGAGCCUACAGCUGUGGGCAGAGCGCGCCGCCCUUGUGGUGCUGGUGCCCCAAGACCCUCCACCUCCCCAGCAUGUGGUCCUCGCGUGUGACUAUUGCAACAAGAGCAUCUCCUCCCCACACGCAGGCCUUCCCCACAGCCCCAACAAGCCUCAGCUGGCCCGCAUGCUGCAGGCAGCGCAGCAACAACACACUAAGAAUAAGACUGUCUCGAUGUCGGGUAAACUGCAAUCGGAGAAGAGCGGCUCUGACGACGCUCCUAACGCGCCCUCUCACCUCUUCAUCCCGUCCAACACACAAGCUCUGCUACGCGACAACCUGCCUGGUCUCAACCCCUUCGCUAACUGGUUCACUUGGUGCCAGACCUGCAAACAUGGCGGCCACGCCAACCAUAUCAUGGACUGGUUCAGUGAGCACGAGGAGUGUCCUGUGACAGGCUGCACCUGCCAGUGCCUCCUGCAGGACAAGAUCGGACGACCCUCUCGAGGUCCCGCCCCCGCUGAUGCCCACGCCCCCCUCGCCGAGGCCUCACCCCGCCCUGUGAUAAGGCAGCACAGCUAAGCCCUGCAGCGCCGCCUCGCUCCUCAUCAGUGGCUCGAAUUAAUUAAUGUGCCAAGUAGGCCGAUUCAGUCUCUUCAAAGUGGGCCGAUUCAGUCUCUUCCUCUCAUAUUUCCAGCCUCUUCCUCUCAUAUUUCCAGCCUCUUCCUCUCAUAUGUAUCACAUUAUUUCUUAUAAGUUACAAUGUUGAUUAUUUAUAGAGAAUGGUCAAUCAAUUCAGUUCCAAGUGUUGAUCUUUAUAAUUCUAUACCAAUAAACCCUCGAAAGCAUGUCACUGCCAUGGGCUUCGUCGACACGCCAAGUGUAUGAGAUCGCUCUUUUACGUGCACAGAUUAUGAUAAAAAACAAUCUAGUUUUAAGUAAUAAAUGUCUUUCAUGUAAGGUGCUAGUUCACGCUACUUUCGAAAUGUGUUUGUUUUACUUGCCCGAGUUUUGAUAUUAGUAAAAUAUUUCAUACUUUAAUUGCGUUGCAUUUGCUCGUUUCAUGGAUUUCCCCGUCAAACUUGGUUACAAAAUCACUUAAAAUUUCAGGACCCCAUCUCCAACGGAAUGUUUACUUCUUCAGUUAGGUGUGGAGCGAUGAAUUUAGUCAACAUUAGAGGACUACCGUACCUGUGGUUGCGAUGGUCAUGCACGUUGGAUGUUUUGGUUCUGAGUUCGCUGAUGUCGGCCGCAUGCCUCAGGACUGGUGGUCGCCGCAUACUCCUGGAAAGAAAAUGCGGCUACCAUAGCAUUUUAAGGAUAAAAAUCUUAGUAAACAAUGGCUGUGAUAUUUCUAAUAAAAGCUUUCUAUUUUAUCCUUGUGUGAGGGCUUUCAAGACAGAAUUUGUAGCUGACUGAAUUGAAUGUAUAUAAAUUUUAAUGAGCUGGCUACAUGGGCAUUACCUUAUCUAUGCAUUACUUGCUAUAGUGUAAGAACUGUUCUCGCAUAUACCUAACGCUUAAUUUCAUUUAUCGAGUACUGGAUCCUGGUGCUUCCAUACAUGUUUGUGACUCUGAAUUUUUCCUUCAAUUGCCUUGGAAGUUGUACUGUGCGGGUGUCGUUUCAGUGACGAGUUUUAAUUAAGUAAAGUGUCUGAGUUAGUUUCGCUUCGUUUAUUUGUUCAAAUGAUAUUAUAGGGGGAAUUGAAAGAGUAAAAAUGGCAGCUCUAAACUAGUAAUUAUUUAAGAUAAGGCAUGGUUAGGUAUUGCUACAGAAAUAGAUAAGGAGGCUAGAGCGACACGAUUGCGAGUGGAUUCGUAUGGAGGUUGGGCUGCGACUGACUUAUGGGAUGCUGGAGGCACUUAUAUAUACUUGCUACAAUGACGUCACGAAGUGUGACGUGAGUGAUGUAAAAUUUUGAAAUUUGUAUGACA